CUCGACAUUCCCUUGUCAGCGCCCUUUCUUCUUGUUGUAUAUAUCUGUCAAUGAACUUCAUUUGAUUGGAAAUUCUCGUCCCCCACCCUCUUUUUGAUAUCCAAACCACGAUCAUGGCGGGAGAAGUGCGCCAACCGAUAGACCUGCCCUCCUUGGAGCGCUACCUCAACCAGAAUGUGCCCGUGGUGAAGACUCCACUGGAUUUGAAACAGUUCGGCUUCGGUCAAUCCAACCCAACAUACCAAAUUACCACCGCCGAUGGACGUAAGCUCGUGCUGCGCAAGAAGCCUCCCGGCAAGCUGCUCUCGAAGACCGCACACCGGGUGGACCGAGAAUACCAGGUGAUCCGGGCGCUUGGAGAUACAAAUGUACCUGUGCCAGAGACUGUUUGCCUCUGCGAAGAUGAUAGCGUGAUCGGUACCCCUUUCUACAUUAUGGAGUUUUUGGACGGUCGGCACUUCACCGACCCUGCCAUGCCUGGAGUCAGCCCGGCGGAGAGGAAUGCACUAUGGAAAUCUGCAGUGGAAACAUUAGCCAAAUUCCACGCCGUCGUCCCCAAAUCAGUCGGUCUCGAGAAAUUCGGCAGGCCCUCCGGAUUCUACGACCGACAGAUCGCGACCUUUACAACCGUCUCCAAGGCCCAAUCCCAGGUCCUUGACAAAGACACCAAGGAACCCGUUGGUGAACUGCCGCACUUCAAGGAUAUGGUGGAAUUCUUCGCACAGAAAUCGACCCAACCACGCGACCGCGGGACCCUGGUACACGGCGACUACAAGAUCGACAACAUGAUCUUCCACAAGACCGAGCCACGCGUCAUUGGCAUUUUGGACUGGGAAAUGGCCACGGUGGGACACCCGUUGUCCGACUUUUGUAACCUGACCAGUCCCUAUAUCAUGGAUGGUGCCGAUCACUCGAAGGAUGAAUUCCAGCUCGGGCGUAUCCCUGGCCUACCCUCGCGCGAGGACUGCGUUCGCUGGUAUAGCGCUGUCUCGGGAUAUAACCCUGCGGACGAUGUUCUGUGGGGAGAUGCAUUCUUCGCCUUCCGAGGGUCUGUGAUUAUGCAGGGUAUUGCAGCGCGGUAUGCUGCUCGACAGGCUAGUAGCGCCCGGGCUGGUGACUAUGCUAAGCGGGCGAAGCCAUUUGCAUUGGAGGCUUGGGCGCGAGUGAAGCAGGUGCAGGAGCUGUCUAAGCAGAAGGGUAAACUUUAAACUGAAAAAAGCUAUCCAAGAAGCACACGCUUGUAUAUAUUCGAUUUAUUUUAAGUUCAAACCAAGUGGCGUAC